CGCACAUUUGAGACCUCGCGCUCGCCGUAGCUGUCAGUGAGAGCCGCGAGCCGCCCGUUGGUGGCGCGUCCGGAGAUGUUUGCGUUCGUGUAGCUGUGCCGGAGCGUCUCGGGAUCAAACAUGUCUGUGAGCGCGGCGGACAGCAGAGGGUUCUACUUCAACACCGUCCUGUCGCUGGCCCGCUCGCUGGCCGCUCACCGGCAGGCGCCGUUAGAGAAGGUCCAGAAGCUGCAGUGCAUGUGCCCGGUGGACUUCCGAGGAGUCUUCCAGCUGGACGAGCGCAGAAGAGAUGCUGUGAUAGCGCUGGGCAUCUUCCUGGUGGAGUCUAACCUGCAGCACAAAGAUGCCAUCGUCCCGUACCUGCUGGGGCUGCUCAAAGGCCUUCCUAAAGUUCAGUGGAUCGAAGAAAGCUCGGAGCACAAAGGACGCGACACGCUCCCGAUCGCAGAGAACUUCAGCUUCUGUCUGGUGACGCUGCUGUCAGACGUCGCCCAGCGCGAUGAAAACCUGCGAGCUCAGGUCCUGGAGGCGCUCAUGGACAUCAUGCAGGUUCUGCAGGAUGUCUGUAAGAACCCGGAGGCUCAUGACAAAGAGUACUUCUGCAGGUACACCGUCCCCACCCUGCUGGGCGUGGCCCGAGCCUUCGGCCGCUACAGCAACACGGACGAGCCGCUGCUGACGAAGCUGUUUCCCCGAGCCGUCGCCCCGCCCCUCUCCACCAGCGAGGACGCCGAAGCGGCGCGGCGGCGCUCCUUCAACGAGUUCCGCUCCAUCCUGCCGAGCUCGCUGCUCACCGUGUGUCAGGGAGACACGCUGAAGAGGAAGGGCUCCUCCGUGUCCAGCGUGUCCCAGCAGGCCAGUCCGGAGAGAACGGGUCUGACGCCCAGCUCACCUGUGGACCCGUCGGCCCAGUACUUUGAAGGUUCUUACCUGCCGGAUGGCAGCGCCGUCGACCCCGAUUACUACUUCUCCACCAUCAGCUCCAGCUUCUCGGUGUCGCCGCUCUUCACCGGCAGCAGCUCCGGAGAGUUCCAGGUCCCUCUGGAUAUGCUCCGACAGCUCCUCCACAUGGUGGAGCAGUUGGUGUCGGAGUCGUUCCUGAAGACUCUGGACGGCGUCCUGACGGAGCUUCUGGAGGCACGGCGGUCCCACAGCAGUUUGACUUCUUCUAUCAGUCCGGGUCUGCAGCUCUACUACAGAACCUUCAGCGAUCCGCUCUACGUCGCCACCUUCAAAAUGCUCAGAGACACGCUGUACAACAUGAAAGACCUGCAGACCGACUACGUGAAGGAGGUCCACGACUUCGUCCUGGAGCAGUUCAGCAGCAGCCAAUCAGAGCUGCAGAGGAUCCUGCACGACGUGGAGUAUCUGCAGAGCGAGCUGAGCCCGCUCAAGCUGCGCUGCCAGGCCAACGCCGCCUGCGUGGACCUGAUGGUGUGGGCCGUGACCGAGGAGCAGGGAGCUGAAAACCUUUGCACCAAACUGUCAGAGAAGCUGCAGUCAAAGACGUCCAGUAAAGUCAUCAUCGCCCACAUGCCCCUCCUCAUCUGCUGCCUACAGGGUUUGGGCCGCCUGUGCGAGCGCUUUCCCGUCGUGGCCCACUCCGUCACCACGUCCCUCAGAGACUUCCUGGUGGUUCCGUCUCCGGUUCUGGUGAAGCUCUACAAAUAUCACAGCCAGAACAUCCCAGGAGGCGGCGAGAUAAAGAUCCACGUGACCAACGAACACUCGCAGUCCACCCUCAGCACCCACUCCAGCAGGAAGAGCCAGCCCUCCAUGUACGAGCAGCUGCGGGACAUCUCCAUCGACAACAUCUGCAGGUGCUUGAAGGCCGGUCUGACCAUGGACAACGUCAUCGUCGAAGCGUUCCUCGCCAGUCUGUCCAACCGCCUCUACAUCCACCAGGAGAAUGACAAGGACGCCCACCUGAUCACGGACCACACCAUCAGAGCUCUGGGUCACAUCGCCGUGGCCUUACGGGACACUCCCCGGGUGAUGGAGCCUAUCCUGCAGAUCCUGCAGCAGAAGUUCUGCCAGCCGCCGUCCCAGCUGGACGUCCUCAUCAUCGACCAGCUGGGCUGCAUGGUCAUCACGGGAAACCAAUACAUCUACCAGGAGGUGUGGAACCUGUUCCAGCAGAUCAGCGUCAGAGCCAGCUCCAUGGUUUACUCCACCAAAGACUACAAAGACCACGGAUACAGACACUGCUCCCUGGCUGUGAUCAACGCUCUGGGGAACAUCGCAGCAAACCUGCAGGCGGAGCAAAUGGUGGACGAGCUGCUGGUCAACCUGCUGGAGCUUUUCGUCCAGCUGGGUCUGGAGGGGAAGAGAGCCAGCGAGAGGGCCUCAGACAAAGGCCCCGCCCUGAAGGCGUCCAGCAGCGCCGGAAACCUCGGGGUUCUGAUUCCAGUGAUCGCAGUGCUGACCAAGAGACUGCCACCGAUCAAGGAGGCAAAGCCUCGUCUGCAGAAGCUCUUCAGAGACUUCUGGCUCUACUCUGUGGUCAUGGGCUUCGCUGUGGAGGGCUCAGGUCUGUGGCCGGAGGAGUGGUAUGAAGGAGUUUGUGAGAUUGCAACCAAAUCGCCGCUGCUGACGUUUCCCAGCGGAGAGCCGUUGCGUUCGGAGCUGCAGUACAACUCGGCGCUGAAGAACGACACCGUGACUCCGGCUGAGCUGAAUGACCUGCGGAGCACCAUCAUCAACCUGCUGGACCCCCCUCCCGAGGUGGCCGGCCUCAUCAACAAGCUGGACUUCGCCAUGUCCACGUACCUGCUGUCCGUCUACAGACUGGAGUACAUGAGGAUGCUGCGCUCUCUGGACUCGGACCGCUUUCAGGUCAUGUUCCGGUACUUUGAAGACAGGGCGAUCCAGAAGGAUAAGUCCGGUAUGAUGCAGUGUGUGAUCGCCGUUAGCGACAAGGUCUUUGAAGUCUUCCUUCAGAUGAUGGAUGAAAAGGCAAAAACCAAAGCCCACGAGGAGGAGCUGGAGCGCCACGCUCAGUUCCUGCUGGUCAACUUCAACCACAUCCACAAAAGGAUCCGCAGAGUGGCGGACAAAUAUCUGUCUGGGCUGGCAGAAACGUUUCCUCACCUGCUGUGGAGCGGUCGAGUGCUGAAGACCAUGCUGGACAUCCUGCAGACGCUGUCUCUGUCUCUCAGCGCGGACAUUCACAAAGACCAGCCGUACUACGACAUCCCAGAUACUCCGUACAGGAUCACCGUCCCCGACACGUAUGAGGCCAGAGAGAGCAUCGUGAAGGACUUUGCAGCGCGUUGUGGCGAGAUCCUCAAAGAAGCCAUGAAAUGGGCUCCGUCCGUCACCAAGUCUCACUUACAGGAGUACCUGAACAAGCAUCAGAACUGGGUGUCGGGUCUGUCGCAGCACACCGGCCUGGCCAUGGCCACCGAGAGCAUCUUACACUUCGCCGGUUACAACAGACAGAGCAGCACUCUGGGGUCCACUCAGCUGACGGAGAGACCGACCUGUGUGAAGAAGGACUACUCCAACUUCAUGGCCUCCCUCAAUCUCAGGAAUAGAUACGCCGGGGAGGUGUCGGGGAUGAUCCACUUCGCCCAGGCGGUCCGGGGACAGUCCGACCUGAACCGGCUGAUGAUCAAGCAGAUGGGCGAGGCCCUGGACUCCGCCCAGCCCGAGGCCUUCACAGAGGCCAUGUUCAAGCUGGCGGCGCUGCUCAUCAGCAGCAAAGAAUGCGACCCUCAGCUGCUGCACCACCUCUGCUGGUCUCCUCUGAAGAUGUUCACCGAGCACGGCAUGGAGACGGCCAUCGCCUGCUGGGAGUGGCUGCUGGCGGCGCGAGCCGGAGCGGAAGUGCCGUUCAUGCGGGAGAUGGCGGGGGCGUGGCAGAUGACCGUGGAGCUGAAGAUGGGCCUGUUCUCAGACGCCAAGCUGGAGGCGGAUCCUCUGGCUGCGUCUGAAGAGAGCCAGCCCGUGCCGUGCCCUCCAGACGUCACCCCCCACCAAAUCUGGAUCGAGUUUCUGGUUCAGAGGUUUGAGAUCGCAAAGUACUCCAGUGCGGAUCAGGUGGAGAUCUUCUGCUGUUUGCUGCAGCGCUCUUUGUCGCUGGAUGUGGGCGGGGCAAAGAGCAGCCUCAAUCGCCACGUCGCUGCCAUUGGACCUCGUUUCAGGCUGCUGACUCUGGGUCUGGCUCUGCUUCACUCCGACGUCGUCACCAACGCAACCGUGAGGAACGUCCUCCGAGAGAAGAUCUACUCCACGGCCUUCGACUACUUCAGCGUCGCCCCUAAGUUCCCCACGCAGGGCGACAAGCACCUCCGCGAGGACAUCUGCAUCAUCAUCCGCUUCUACGCCAGCAUCCUGUCGGACAAGAAGUACCUGGCGGCGUGUCAGUUGGUCGCACCUGGUGAGCUUGGUACCGCCCCAGCCCCGAGCACUCUCUCUGCUGGGAUAUUCGGAUCGCUUAUCGUGUCCAGCACCACUCCGAUUUCGAUCUUAAACAACCAGGACGCCUCCCUCAACAGCCUGUCGGUCAUGAACGCCGCCGACCUCAGGAGCGGCGCCGACUCCAGCGCUCGCUCGCAGCAGAGCGGCCAGGGCUGGAUCAACACCUACCCGCUGUCCAGCGGCAUGUCCACCACAUCCAAGAAGUCAGGAACAUCUAAGAAGAGUAACCGCGGAACGCAGCUCCACAAAUACUACAUGAAACGCCGCACUCUGCUGCUGGCGCUCCUGGCCAGUGAGAUCGAGCGCUUGACGACGUGGUACAACCCGCUCUCCGCCCAGGAGCUGGUCAUCGCCACUGAGCAGUCGGUGGAAACCAGCAUCGCCAACUGGAGGUCCAAGUACAUCAGUCUGACGGAGAAGCAGUGGAAGGACAACGUCAACCUGGCGUGGAGCAUCGCGCCCUACCUGGCCAUGCAGCUGCCAGCAAGGUUCAAGAACGACGCCAUUGUUGCUGAGGUGACCAGACUGGUCAGGCUGGAUCCCGGAGCGGUCAGUGACGUCCCCGAGGCCGUGAAGUUCUUGGUGACGUGGCACACCAUCGAUGCGGACUCUCCGGAGCUGAGCCACAUCCUGUGCUGGGCCCCGGCGGACCCCCCCACGGGGCUGUCCUACUUCAGCAGCAUGUACCCCCCCCAUCCUCUCACCGCGCAGUACGGGGUGAAGGUGCUGCGCUCCUUUCCUCCGGACGCCAUCUUGUUCUACAUCCCUCAGAUCGUCCAGGCGCUCCGUUACGAUAAGAUGGGUUACGUCAGGGAGUACAUCCUGUGGGCGGCGCAGAAGUCUCAGCUGCUCGCACAUCAGUUCAUCUGGAACAUGAAGACCAACAUCUUUGUGGACGAGGAGGGACACCAGAAAGACCCCGACAUCGGGGAGCUGCUGGAGCAGAUGGUGGAGGAGAUCACCGGCUCGCUGUCGGGUCCGGCCAAAGACUUCUACCAGAGAGAGUUUGACUUUUUCAACAAGAUCACCAACGUGUCCGCCAUCAUCAAGCCGGUCCCGAAGGGCGAGGAGAGGAAGAGGGCGUGUCUCAAGGCUCUGUCCGACAUCAAAGUGCAGCCAGGCUGUUACCUGCCCAGUAAUCCAGAAGCCAUCGUCCUGGACAUCGACUACAAGUCAGGAACCCCCAUGCAGAGUGCCGCCAAGGCGCCGUAUCUGGCCAAGUUCAAGGUGAAGCGCUGCGGCGUGACCGAGCUGGAGCGGGAGGGGCUGCGCUCCCCGUCGGACUCUGUGGAGGACAGCGAGGAGAACCCAGACGGGUCACGCAGGGUCUGCUGGCAGGCGGCCAUCUUUAAAGUGGGCGACGACUGCAGACAGGACAUGCUGGCUCUGCAGAUCAUUGGACUUUUCAAGAACAUUUUCCAGCUGGUGGGUCUGGACCUGUUCGUCUUCCCCUACAGGGUGGUGGCCACGGCGCCGGGGUGCGGCGUGAUCGAGUGCAUCCCCGACUGCAAGUCCAGAGACCAGCUGGGCAGACAGACGGACUUCGGGAUGUACGAUUACUUCAGGAACCAGUACGGAGACGAGUCCACGCUGGCCUUCCAGAAGGCUCGCUACAACUUCAUCCGCAGCAUGGCGGCCUACAGCCUCCUGCUGUUCCUGCUGCAGAUCAAAGACCGCCACAACGGGAACAUCAUGCUGGACAGCAAAGGACACCUCAUCCACAUCGAUUUCGGCUUCAUGUUCGAGAGCUCCCCCGGAGGAAACCUGGGCUGGGAGCCGGACAUCAAGCUGACGGAUGAGAUGGUGAUGAUCAUGGGGGGGAAGAUGGAGGCCACGCCCUUCAAAUGGUUCAUGGAGAUGUGCGUCCGAGGUUACCUGGCCGUCAGGCCCUACAUGGACGCCGUGGUCUCCCUCGUGACCCUCAUGCUGGACACCGGACUUCCAUGUUUCCGAGGACAAACCAUCAAACUCCUGAAGGGGCGCUUCAACCCCCAGAUGAGUGAGAAGGAGGCGGCGGCCUUCAUGAUCAAAGUCAUCCAGAGCUGCUUCCUCAGCAGCAGGAGCAAAACCUACGACAUGCUGCAGUACUACCAGAACCAGAUACCAUACUGAGACCGGCCCGGGUCCAGACCCUCAGCAAUAAGGCACUUUAGUCCCGUCCUCUCUGAAGUCGGCCUGAGCUUUAGAGUAGAACCUUUGACUUUCACUGAAACUGCUUUUCCGAGUCGCCCUUUAAGCGUUUUCCUGAAGGACACGGACCGCCGCGGCGCCGCUCUGACGCACUUUACCGAAUCUCAUCCGAGAACCCACCGACCCGCUUUACACGCAGAGGAACGGGAAAGCACGGCGAGCGUGGGAACCGUGUUCACGUUCCGUCGAGUGCUUCCUGUUGAUCAGGUCGCUCGACCGUCCAGGUUACAAACGUUUACGGAGUUCCUGGUGUCGGUCCGGGGUUCCGACUGUUACGUUUACUGAAGGAAGAACCAGAACCGUCCGGACCUUUUACCAACCGGGUUACUGUUGGAACAAAAAUCUCACGGAUCCUCAGAGACUCUCAAAGAAAUAAAAACGUUGACUGAAAUAUUUGGUUGAGUACUUUCAGAAUAAAAGCGGGGAGUGCAUACGGUUUGACAUUGUCAUGGAUUUAGUUUUAAAAUAAGUUUACAGAAAUCUCUAAAGCGGUGAUGCUUUUAAGCUGAAAAGAUACUUUUUGUUUUAUAUCGUUACCAUAGAAACCAAGGCACGCGUAACCAAAUAGAGACGACAAAACAAAAGUCUUGGGGUUUACUGAGUUUUAUUGUUUAAUGUUGCAGUGGUUUAUAAACUCUCUGAUUGGCUGGAAAUCUCCAUUAUGAUGAGGAAGUAGGCGGGGCUUGCACUAACUGAUGUGAGUCCCUGCAUGUGUUCAUCAGCAGAGGUUUGCUGUGCAGCAUCUCCUUCAUGGAGGAUCAAUCGAUCGAUCCUGAGGGGCUGUACGGAACUCAAUAGGGGCCAAGAUUAUCUGGAACAUAAAUGACACAAAAUGGAUAAAAAUAUUGGUGUUUAGCCAGAAUAAAUGUAAAAAUGACCCAAACGUUUUGCUAUUCUAAAAUAAACUUAAUUAUUUUCAGCUUCAAAUGUUCUGUUUUUUAGGUUUCAAAACUCAAAAAUUAAAUUUAAAUCUUUUUUCACUUUUAACUGUUUUCUUUUUUUUUUUGUUUUUCUUUUAAACCUGAAAAUUUCAGUUUUAAAACUUUUGGCCCCAUUGUGGCGCGUUAAGGCGGGGCUAACCAUUUAAAAUCGAGAGGGUGGUACCUUCAGUCCCGGUGCGUUCACUGACUCUAAGAACUGUGAUAAUACGGUCAGAAAAUGUCUGCUUAGUCUGAACUAUCAGAGUCUGAAGUUGUUCCAAGAUGAGAAGUCACAUUUCAGUAAUGUGCAGGUCUUUGUAAUAGUUGUUAUUUUAAAAAAGAUGUUCAUAUCACAACUAAAAAAAGGUUUUGUUCAUGCCUAAUGAAAUGUAACUGUAUUUAAAAAAAGUUCAAACCUGGAACAGUGGGAUUUGAAUCCAUGAAUCCCAGAAAAAGGAUUCUGAGUCCUGCUGUUUACUGGUGUGUCACUGGAGAGUUUUAUGUGAUUUAAGUAAAUUUUCAGAUUCAAAAAGGAAAAAAAAGAAUUAUAAGUGGAAAAAAAAGAUUUGAAAUUGAAAUUUUGAUUUUUGAAACCUAAAAAACAGUUUAUUUUAGAAUAGCAAAAAGUUUCAGACAUUUUUUUUUUGGGCCAAACACUGAUAUUUUUUUCAAUUUGUUUUCUUUGGUUUCAAAUAAUAUUGGUCCUAAAUUAGCUCCAUAUAGCUGCAGCCUCAGCCGAGGGUUCGAAUCCUCCAGAGAGCUGCAGGAAAGAGGCGGCCGCUGGCGCUCCUCUCUGGAUUUUUGUGGAUUUUAGUGAAACUUCUGGAAAAGACGCAGAAGUUUUGUGUUUCGACGUCGAUCCCAAGAUCCGAACAAACUGAACAGAAUCCCCAAGAGUCUCUGAGGAUCCGAGAGUUCAGUUUUUAAAAACUCCUGAAGGUAAAUCCUGUGAAGCAUCUCAGACGAGACGCUGCAGCCCGAGUCCAGACGGAUCCUCGGAGAAGAUCCGGUGACAUUCCCGGUGUUCCGGUCGGCUUCGUCUUCAGACUGGAUGAUCUGAAGUCACGUCAGCUUCAGCUUCAGUUCCUCUAGAUGUUCUGAGCUGCACAGGAGCUUCAUUCAUGUUACAUUGUUGAUUGUUUCUGAGUUUUUUGUUUGUUUUUAGUGUUUUAGUUUGUCUGUAACUUAACUUUAAACAUUUUAUUUUUUUAACUUUUAUUUUUUUCUUUGUUUUCAUUCCAUACUCGUCAUUUUUGUUUUUUUUUCCUCAGAUGUCGUUUACUUUCCUGUUUUUUGUCGGUUUAUUCUUGUGCGUUUUCUCCUGCGGGACUCGCUGCCGAUCGGUGGUUCUCCUCCGAGCUUCGGGCUCCAGAACAUUCCUCGUGAUCCCGUCGGAGUUGAAGUGUUACUGAUGAAGACGAUGAAGACUAAAGCCAUCUGUCCUACCCCUGGUAGAAACACCACUGUAGUGAUACUUGACGACAAAAACGUAACUUUAUGCAAAGUAUUGAUGUGUAUUGAAGCUGUUUCUGUGUUUUGUUUUCACCCUGUUGCUGUGUGUGCGUUUGUGUGCGUUUGUGUGCGUUUGUGUGCGUUUGUGCGGGAGCAGCCGCUCUUCAUCGGGUCGGUUCUGCUCCGGGUCGGUUCAGGUUUCAGGUCAGACGGAGCGGAUCAGUAACGAAGGUUUCCAUGCUGUCGGGUUUGAGCUUUGACCUGUAAAAACAUCUGAUUUCUUCAAUAAAUAUCAACACCAAACUGA